AUGGGAGAUCCUAUGUCGUGGCUUUUGAUAAAGUCUCAGCAACUUUUUUCUACAAGAAUAGCAAAAACUGCACAUGAAUAUAAUCCAGAUUCACGAUUAGAAUGUGAAAAGCUGCAAACCAAGCGAUCGCGACUUUUGUAUCAGAGCAAGAAACGUGGUAUUUUAGAGAAUGAUAUAUUAUUGGGUAAAUUUGCGGAAAAAAUGCUUGAUAAGAUGGAUUUAAAGCAGUUAAUGCGUUACGAUGAAAUUAUCAAUGGGCAAUAUAUGGAAUGGGAUUUGUAUUACUAUGUUUCCGGACGGAAACCCUUGCCAAACGAUCUAAAGGAUUGUGAUGUUUUCCGUAUGCUUCAAGAGUUUGUUCGGAAUGAAAUUAUGCAUUUGGAUAAUGUUCUUUUGCUCAUUGUAAUCAGUUUACUGCCUGUUUCUGGAAUUCAGACUAACCCAGUUUCUAUUCCUAAAGGACAAAAGCAGGGAAAUAUUGUGAUAGCUGCUGUCAUCUCAACACCAUUAUUACCCGAUAGUGAUAGUUUUGGCGUUUGCGAAUUGGAAGGAUUUGAUUUGAAUCCAACUGGUCCAUUGGUACCAUGUAAUUUUCUGGAUGAAAGAUGGGUUGAUUGUGAUUUACCGGUGGAUAUAUCACAAAUUCCAGAAGUCAAUAAUACAAAGAUUGAUGGUGCUUGUCUUACGUGGGGUGGCACACGUUACGAAAACGUCGAACAGACAAAUGUCAGCUGUCGAGUACUGUCAUGUAUUGAAUGUCGUGGUCCACGCACUUUUUUAAGACAAGUGCCUUGCAUCAAAUAUACGGGUCAUUACUUUCUUUCAACUUUAUUGUAUUCUAUAUUUUUGGGAAUUCUAGCUGUCGAUCGUUUCUGUUUGGGCUAUUCAGCUAUAGCCGUUGGUAAACUGAUGACAUUAGGAGGUUUGGGUUUAUGGUGGAUUGUUGAUAUAUUCUUGCUGGUUACUGGGAACUUAAAUCCUGCUGAUGGAUCGAAUUGGCAACCAUAUUAUUGA